GGUUCUUUCCUUGAGUGACUGAUAUCACGUGUCCACAGGCGGCAAACGUUUCGUCCUCCAUACAAACCCUGCAUAAAUGAGCAUCAGAAGUAGAGAGAGAGAGUGUGAUGGCCCGCUGGAAUGUGACGUUGGCUCGUCUGGAUCAGUCCCUGUCUUCAUUGAAAAAUCUGCUGCAGGUCAAGGUGACUCGCUCAGGCAGAGCACCGCAAAACUCCACUGUCCAGCCAUUCAAUAAGAUCCCUGGACGAUGGAGGAACAGCCUGCUCAGUGUCCUUGCCUUCACCAAAAUGGGAGGCCUCAGGAAUGUCCACCGAAUUAUGGUGCACAAUUUCAAAACAUUUGGUCCAAUUUACAGGGAAAAAGUUGGAAUCUAUGAUAGUGUGUACAUCAUAAAGCCUGAAGACGGUGCUAUCCUGUUCAAAGCUGAGGGCCAUCACCCCAAUAGAAUCAAUGUAGACGCGUGGACCGCCUACAGGGACUACAGGAACCAAAAAUAUGGCGUCCUGCUAAAAGAAGGGAAGGCCUGGAAGACUGAUAGGAUGAUUCUAAACAAGGAACUGCUUUUGCCAAAGUUGCAGGGGACCUUUGUGCCUCUCCUUGACGAGGUCGGGCAGGACUUUGUGGCUCGUGUCAACAAACAGAUUGAGAGGAGUGGGCAAAAACAGUGGACCACAGAUCUGACCCAUGACCUCUUCAAGUUUUCACUGGAAUCGGUGAGUGCUGUGUUGUAUGGGGAGCGUUUGGGUCUGCUGUUGGACAACAUUGAUCCAGAAUUUCAGCACUUCAUUGACUGCGUCUCAGUCAUGUUUAAGACCACCUCACCCAUGCUGUACCUACCCCCGGGCCUGCUUCGGUCCAUAGGGUCGAACAUUUGGAAGAACCACGUUGAAGCCUGGGAUGGCAUCUUUAACCAGGCUGACCGAUGUAUCCAGAAUAUCUUCAAACAAUGGAAAGAAAAUCCAGAAGGCAAUGGGAAGUAUCCUGGUGUACUGGCAGUCCUUCUAAUGCAGGACAAACUGUCCAUCGAGGAUAUAAAGGCCAGUGUCACCGAGCUGAUGGCUGGAGGGGUGGACUCGGUUACUUUCACAAUGCUGUGGACGCUUUAUGAACUGGCUCGACAGCCAGACCUACAGGACGAGCUCCGAGCAGAAAUCUCAGCCGCUCGUAUUGCCUUUAAAGGAGACAUGGUACAGAUGGUCAAGAUGAUUCCUUUGCUUAAAGCAGCCCUGAAAGAAACUCUCAGAUUACAUCCUGUAGCAAUGAGUCUUCCAAGGUACAUCAAUGAAGAUACGGUCAUACAAAAUUACCACAUUCCAGCAGGGACUUUAGUUCAGCUGGGUGUCUAUGCUAUGGGUCGUGAUCAUCAGUUCUUCCCGAAACCAGAGCAAUACUGUCCCUCUCGUUGGAUCAGUUCUAACAGACAGUACUUCAAGAGCCUGGGCUUCGGCUUUGGUCCCCGCCAGUGUCUGGGUCGCAGGAUUGCCGAGACUGAAAUGCAGAUCUUCCUAAUUCAUAUGCUGGAGAAUUUCAGGAUUGAGAAGCAGAAGCAGAUUGAGGUCAGGAGCAAGUUUGAGCUCCUUUUAAUGCCAGAGAAGCCCAUCAUGCUUACCAUCAAACCACUGAAUGCCAGCAGAUAGCAAAGCGUUUCUUAUAAUUUAAAGAGAUACUUUAGUGUUUACUCACCCUCACAUAAUACCAAAACCAUUCAACUUUCUGUUGAAUUUAUUCAAACAACAUCUGAAAUUAAUUUAUCUGUUUUAAAAUAUCUAUUGGUGUCAUCCACAGAAAAAAAAGGCGAGUAAAUAAUGAAAAAUAUAGUCUAAGAGUUUAAAGCAACACUUUGUCUUAAGGUGUCCUUAUUUAAUUCAUAUGUAUAUCCCUGUUAAUAUGCCUGGAUCUGUUAUUGUGUGUGAGUUGGGCACUAUAAUAUGAGACCAUGAUCCUUUUAAAUGUAAAUUUGAUAUUCUAUUAUGCUGGGAUAUAUUGUGAUAUGAAUAACAUUUCAGUGAUUUGCAAUUUCAAUUAUUUUAUUCUAUGUUGUUCUAAUAAAUCUUGCAUAUUUUUAUCUGUGAAUCAAUAAAUUGAAAUCUCAUCUA